AUGGAGGAGAAUCCGAACGCGAAUGGCCUCGAUGAUAGCAAGGAGCUCUACUUCGGAGAGCCAGCCAUCACUGGCGUCCCCGAUGUCCCUGAUGUUGCCGAUGUCACUCAGACGGAAUCGGCUCACCCGAAGCUGGCAGACAUUGACGGUAUACACCCCCUCUUCUCCAGGACCAUGGGGUCUAGCUUCAAGGGCAAGAUCCCGGACCGAACGUCUUUGCAGAGGACCAAGAGCUUCAAGACGGGUCUCAACCGAACCCUCAGACCGACGUACUCAGAUCACGACAUCGUGAGCUUCGGUCCCGACAACAGGGAGUUUUUCAUCCCUCCCCACCUCCUUGAACGCGAUGUGGACCUUCUGUGCGGGAACCUGCUAGUGAACCUGGGAACAAGGGCGAGGAGCACAUAUGUGAACUUCUGGUCGAGCUUGUGCGAGGAUGGGAUGAAGUUUUCCACCAACGAAUCAGCGGAAGCUACAAGAACGCUCAGUAUUCAUGACAUUGAGUUGGUUUUUGGAAAGAAUGGAAUCAACUACGACAGAUCAGGUUCAGGCCUUUUACAACGAGCAAGGCACGAGGGAAUCAUGGAGGAACUGCAAGACAACGAGUUCGUGAUCGAGACGACGAAAGUCGGACUGUUCCAGGGUCAGUUGAUUCGUUUCAAAGCUCAGACAGCAAAAGAAGCUGACGACUGGCAGUUUUCCAUCAGCUGGCUGUUGCUGGCCUCUAGCGAGAUCCUGCAGGAAAGGAAACGGGCGAGCACUAUCUCCCGCUUGCGCCUCAAGCUCAAGUGGAUCUACAUGUCCAACGCUUCUCAGUACCUGUGGGCUGCUCUGAUCUUUGUGAACUUCUUCAUCGAUGUGAUCAGGACGCAAGUGCAGCCUGAAGACGGAACUGCCCUUUUCAGGACGUUCGAUCAGUUCGACAGCGCGAUCUCCCUCAUCUUUGCGUUUGAGCUCACGAUCAACAUCCUGUCCAACUGGUUCUGGGAGUUUGUGUCCGACGGGUGGAACUGGUUCGAUACAACCGUCGUGCUCGUCAGCCUGAUCGCAGAGUAUGGCUCGUCCUCCAACGGGGUGAACACUCUUCGUCUGCUGAGAGCCUUCAGAGUCUUUCGCCUGUUCAGGCGGUUGCGAUCUAUCAGGCAGAUCAUCGUGUCCUUGAAUGCUGCGAUUCCAGCAAUGACCAACGCGUUUGUGUUGGUGCUGUUGGUGACUUCAAUCUACUCCAUCCUCGGGGUUCGUUUCUACGGUACUGUCAUGCCUGACUACUUUGACAACUUCGGAAUGGCGAUGUUCACAAUGUUUCAGGUCAUGACAGGCGACGCCUGGUCAGACAUUGCCCGGCAGUUGUUCGUCCUCGUUCACAACCCCGUUGCAGUCACCAUCUUCUUUGUCAGCUUCCAACUCAUCGUCUCCAUGGUGUUGGUACAAGUAGUCAUCUGUGUGCUGUUGGAAGAGUUCAGCAAGGCUGCAGAAACUCCGAUAUCGCAUUCUUCCUUCGCAGGGAGCUCGGACGUCCUGUCAAAAUACCGGCCGUUCCUCCCCAUCGUCAAUCGGCUGAUUCAUUGCAACGAUCAGCAAGAUCUCGAUAGGCUGAUUUCUGCUCUGUGGUUCCAUGUUGUGGCCAACGGGCUAGAGCAAGAGACACAAAAGGAGGAUUUCGUAUGCGAGAAUGUCAAGUUGAGCAAGCAGGAAGUUCAGGGAGGUCUACUGAGCCUGGCCUGCCUGCCUCCUCUGUUCCUGACGGACCAGGGAUGGGAGGAUAUCGUGGUGAAGGAGGAUCUGUGUGAAGAGGACGACCUGUUGAGUUAUGAAGGCUUCCAACAGAUUCUCUACAGCUCCAUGAAAGAAUAUCAGAUGCAGCAACUCUCCAUGGCCCUCCGGUCCCCAGCUGAGUUCUGGACGCGCGAUCAAAUCAUCGCAUGCAUGUUGUCGUUGAAGGGAGUGAUGUUGGACCUCUCGUUGGUAUCGAGGAGGAUGGUAACACGAGACAAGAGCAGCCGGCGAUGCUCCAUGAAUGGCGGAGAGGAUCUGCUGUUGAACAAGGGCGAUCCGUUUGACCUCAGUCACGCUCAUGACACCUCCUCCCUCAAGUUUGUCCACUUGUCAAACGUGCCGAGCGCUUCGAGAUUCCGACUUGAGACAGAACGAGCGCUCUCGGGCAAGGAGGUGAAAGAUUGA